AUGGCUACGCAUUGGACUGGACUGGAUUAUGUUAAAUUCGGUUGGAUUUGGCUGACCACAAGCACUAUGUGUGCCCAGGCAUUCAUCCGCCAGAUUCUAAUCGAUUAUGAUCACGAACAUCAUCCUCAUGUCCACGAGAGAGCCCACGUCUUCCACUGUCUAGAUCACGUCCGACAAGCACUCCUUUGUGCCGCGGACACGACGCUGGAGCCUACGCGCGACGGCGGCGUGGUUUCGGUCCCGGACAGCCCGCAUCGCUACGUGGGACACCAGAAGAUGGUGGACGAUCGCAGCAGCGGGUUGCCGGCUGCGUUGCAUACAUGCAAGAAUUGGACGGCGGUCAAGGUCUGGAUUGAAGAGAAUAGGGUACCAUGA